AUGGCCGACGCGGAGGCGGCUGAGCGAGCCGCUAAGGCAGCUCGUGCAAGGGCCAAGCUCAAAAAGCAUCAAGCUCAGAAGAAGGCGGCUGCUGAGGCCGAAACAGGUACAGCUGCCAGCACCACCACCAGCAAAGACGAUGCGGGAUCUCCCCCAUCAGACCACGCCGACACACCGAUGCUAGAGGAGUCUGUUUCAGCCAUCGACGAUGACGCGACUGACAAAUCUGCAUCGAAAGUCGACAAGCCUGAAGCGGUCGUCUCUGAAACGGCGGGUCAUAGCGCGGAGCUACAAGAAGCUCAAACCAAGAUCGCGUCCCUCGCAUUGCAGCUCGAAAGCACAAACGAAGACCUGAAGAAGGCGACAGAGGAAGCCUCGUCGCUCAAAAGACAACUCGAUCAGCACAAAGAGGAAGCGCAGGCCUCGUUACAGGCUUUAGAACACUCCAACAAAACAGCAACGGAAAUGCUCGAGAACGACCUUUCGAAGCAACGCGCCAAGGCAACACAACUCGAAGCCGAGCUUCAGAGCCAACGCGAUCUGCUGCAGACGGCACAGAAGCAAGUGGCUGUGUCCAUGAAGACCGUUUCGGAUCUCGAAGCUUCACACAAGAAGGAUGCUGACGAAUCUAAAGCGCUCAAGGAUCGACUUGCUCUUGUCGAAGCAGAUCAUAAGAAGGCUAGCGAUCGUUCGUCAGAACUCGAGAUCAGCCUAUCAGAGCUCCAAGAGGCAAGCGCGAAGGCGUCCUCAAAAGCAAAAGGACUGGCCGCCAAGCUUAAGGAGGCCGAAGGUAGGAUCCAAGAUGCUGAAGCCAAGUUUGAAUCAGAAGCCAAAAGCGUCAAGCAGCUUCACGAAGAUAAGGCCAAAUUGGAAGCUGAUAUGCAAGAGAAACAGAAGCAAGCAGAUGACCUCCGCAAGACGCUCAGUUCGCGUGAGACCACCAUCCAAGAUCUCGAAAUGAAACUGUCCGAUCCAAGCAAGGCCAACCAGAUCGAAGCGCUGCACAAGCAGCUGGCCGAGGCAGCGGCGAAGAUCUCGAUACUACAAGCCGAUGUGCGCGAGAAGGACCAGAGUAUCAGGAGCUCAUCCGCUGACAGCGAGAAGCUGGUGCAACAAGUCAAGGAGCUCAAGCAGCAGGCAGAGUCAUCAAGAUCAUCCAUCACUGCGCUUGAAGGCAAGCUUGCCGAAGCCACAGACCGCGAAGCAAAGGUCAACUCCUCUCUAAAAGACAUGAUCGCAAAAAAUUCUACGCUGGCCUCCCAACACGAAGAGCUCGAGAAAAAGCACGCCAAGACCGAAGCCGAUGUCCAAAUUUGGACGAAGAAGGUCGAGCAACACACUCAGUCACUUGCAAAGAGCGAGGAGGCUGCCGCAAGUGUCAAAGACCGUGCGAACAGUGCCGAGAAGCAGCUUGCAGCAGUUCAGAAAGAGAGUGACCUGCUCGACAGUUCCCUUUCUGAUGUCAAGCAGCAAGUCGAGACGCUCACCCGAGACAAGGCAGACCUCGAGAAGGCCAACGCUGAUGCUUUCAACACUUCGGAAAAGACAGUUCAAGAGAGCGCGAAAGAGAUUAUGGAGCUCAAGAGCAAAGUGCGACAGCUCGAAGAGCAAGCUCUGACGGACAGCAAGGCGGCAUCGCAAUUGCUAGAAGAUGCCAAGACGCAAGCCAGCAAAUCCGCGAAGGACGCCAAGAACCUUUCUGCCUCACUCAAAGAGUCACAAGACAAGCUCAAGGCACUGGAAACUCAGCUGAAAGAGCGCGAUAGUCACCUGUCUUCCGCCAAAGACAAGCAAACGUCAACCGAACAAGAUCUCGCCGCUGCUACCUCGCAGGUCGAAAAGGUGUCAAACGAGCUCGAGGGUGUCAAGGCCCAGUUGACAUGCGCCAAGAACGAGCAUGCCCAGUCUCUCAACAAGAUCAAGGAUCUCAACGAACAACUGACAAAAGCCGAGAGCGAUGUCAAGACACUCGACACGGCAGCUGCCAAAGCCCAGGCGGAGCUUGAGGCGUCCAAGAAGCGAGUGGUAUCCUUUGAGACAAAGGAGAAGGAGUGGCUUUCCAAGCAUAAAGAGCUCGAAAGCGCUAAAUCCAUGGUCCUAGAGGAUAUGGCUGCUUUGAAGAAAGAUGUCGACAACCACAAAACUGGUAGUGCAAAUACAUCCAAGGAGCUUGCUGCACUGAGCUCCAAGCACGACGAGGUUCAGAAGAAUCUGCAGCAAGCGCAGCAGAAGCUACAAGAGACAAGCGCCAAGAGCUCCGAGCGUGAAAAGCAAAUCGUUGAUCUGACGUCUCAGCUUGUCUCUUCCAAAAGCGAGACUGACAAGGAGCGAGAGAAAAUCGAGAGCUUGCAGGCCAAGCUCGACGCAGAACGCGAAGCGCACAGGCAGUCUGAGCAAGCAGCUAUGCAGAUCGAGGCCAAACUCGGGACGACUACCAAGCGAGCCGAUGACCUGGACGAGCGAGUCCAGUCUCUGAGCUCGGAACUUGACAAGGUCAAGUCUGAUCACAAGCAGGCACAGUCAACCGCUGCCGAUCGACAGAAAGAGCUAGAAUCCGCGAAACUGGAGGCCUCCAAGGUCAAUGACGAGCUCAAUGCGGUCAAGCUUGCACUGACCAAGUCUGAAGAAGCUUUCAACAAGCUCGAGGGUGAUAAGUCGGCGAUGGAUAAAAUUGUCACAAGUCUGCGCGAAGAGAAGCUGGCCUCGGACAAGAAGCUGGAACUCUUGGUUGCCGACUUGGAGAAGGCUAGAAACGACUACCGUGACGCAAUCAGCCAGUCUGAGCAGCACCAGGCAACCGCCGAGACCAGGGAAAAAGAGCUUUCACAGAUCAAACGUGACGUCCAAGUCCAUGAAGCAACAAUCGCCGACCUUCAAGGAAAGCACACUAGUCUUGAGAAGUCAUCCGCUCAACUGACCGAGGUGAAGGAAAAACUCAAGAAAGACCUGGAGGCUGCCAUCUUGGGUGCACAGAACCAGAAGGCGUCUGCCGAGUCUAAAGACAAGGACAUCAAGGCUCUCGAAGCCAAGCUGUCGACUUCUGAGGCCAGUCUGACCAAAGCUACUGAUGACGCAGCUGCGAUACGGGCCCAUAACGAUAAGCUCCAAAGAGAGCUGGAAGCUCAGACCAAGGAACUCGACGCUUUCAGCAAAUCGGCGGAACAGAUGGCUGAGCGGAUCAAGGCGCUGGAAGCCAAGGUUGCCGAUGAUGGUAUUCAGCUCGCCAAGUCCUCGGAAGAAGUCAUCGCCUCAAAGGCUCAAAUGACACAGCUUGAAAAUGAUGUUCAGACUAGAACUUCAGAGCUCGAAGCAUCUCGUGCCGAAGCUCAAGCAAGCAAGUCUUCUGCCGAAGCGCUCACGAAAGAGCUUAGUGCGGUCAAGGCCAAGCUCGAAGAAUCGGAUGUGAAAUUGUCCCAGUCCACAGAGGAUGUUGCUUCCGCUCAAGCCCGCAUCCAGGAGCUUCAUAGCCAACUCGAGGCGAAGAGCUCGGAGCUCAACGCCAAGACGUCCGAGUCGGAUCAGUAUAAGGCGAAAGUCGAGCAACUCGUCGAGCAGCUCGAGACGGCUCAGCAGCAGCAGUCAAACUUGCAAGACAAGCUGAAAGAGGCCGCUACUGCGCAUGUAGAUCUUUCGAAGCUGCACGAGCAAAAGACGGCCGAACACGAGGCUGCGCAGGCUGAAAUCAAGGAGCAGCGCACGCUUGUCACCAAGAAGACGAAGGACCACGAGCUGGCAAGAGCCGAAGCGACAAAAUUGUCCGAGACUUUGAAGGCUUUGCAGAGCACGCAUGAGGAUGUCAACCAACAAUGGCAAGACGUCGAAGCGCGGCACAAGGCCCUUGUUGCGCAGCAUGCUGAGCAUUCAAAGGUAUCUCAAGCCCAGACGAAAGAGCUCGAAGCUGCCAAGGCAAAGAUUGAUGAUCUCAGUUCCGAGCUGUCUGCCUCGAGCGCUGCCUAUGCGAACGUCAAAACGGAGAUGGAGGAGAAGACUACGCUUGCGCAAGAGCUCGAGCACAAGCUCCAGACAUCCAUCACCGAGAUCGAGAAGCUCACCGAGCGCGCCACUGCCGGCGAGCAAAGUCUUAUCGCCAAGCAAGAAGAAUUCGACACGCUUCAAGGACAAGCUGACGAGCAGGCUAAAAAGCUCAAGGCGCUCGAAACCGAAUUGGCUGCAGCACAAAAGUCGGCCAGAGAUGCCAGUCUGAAGCACAAGGCUGCUGUCACAGCUGCGUCCAAGCAAGUCGAAGCGCUCAAAGCUGAGCUUGAGAAGGCCAAAACCGAGCAUGCCCAAGCUCUCGCUAGUGCGAGCGACGAGCACAAAGCUGCGCUAAAGGUGGCGGCGGAAGAGCUUUCAUCGGUCAGAGCGGAGCUUGAGCAAACCAAGGCUGCUCAUUCUGCUGCGCUUGCUGCGGCUGCGAAGGAGCUCAAGUCUGCGAUUGAAGCCGCAUCAAAGCAAUUGGAUGACACCAAAGCAGAGCAUACAGAGGCUUUCGCACAGGCUUUGAGAGAGCACCAAGUUGCUGCCGCUGCUGCCGAAAACGAGUUCAAAGCUCUUCAGUCAGAGCACGUAGCAGUUCAAGCUGAACACGCCAAGCUGACAGCAGCCACCUCGAAAGAGCUAGAGCAGCUCAAUGCGGACGUGAAGAAGGCUCGUGCGGAGCAUGAGAAGUCCAAGAAAGAGCAUGCAGAGUCACAAUCAAUCGCCUCGAAAAGGCUUGCAGAGCUUGAAGCCGAAUUCAGCACGGCCAAGCAAGAGCAUGCCGAAGCGACCGAGAAGGCUGCCGAAGAGCACAAGGCUUCUCUCACUGCUGCAUCGAAGAGGUUCGAGGCGCUGACAGCGGAGCACGUGCAGGUCAAGAGCCAGCACGCCAAAGCGAUGCAAGAAGCAUUGCAACAGCUCGAAGACGUCCGCGCUGCCCACGAGACGGCAAAGUCCGAGCAUAUCGGAGCACUUGAAUCCGCACGACAGCAAGUCGAAGAGCUCCAGGCAGCUUACGAAACGGCCAAAGCCGAACACGCAGAUGCGCUCGCUCAAGUCGACAAGGAGCACAACAGUGCAUUCGACUCUUUGGCUGCUGAGCGAACCAAGCUCGGCUCGGAACUUGCUUCGCUCCGCGAAGAGCACGAGGCAGCGGUCUCUUUGCACCGCACAGAGCGCGACGAGGCAUCCGCGAAACUCACCAAGGCUACCGCCGACCAUAGCGCAGCGCAGCAGGCCAGCGAACAGCAGCUCUCUGCGCUGAAAGCCUCGCUUGAAAAACUGCAACGCGAGCGCGAUCAGCAGAUGGCAGUGCAUACCACGGAGAUGGUGGAUUUGAGUAAAGGCUUGGAGCAAGCCCACGCCAAGAUCCGCGAUGGAGAGGCUGAGCUGGAAACGCGCGUCAAGGAGCUCGAUUCUGUGAGGGAACAAUUGGUCAGCACCGAGAAGGAUCUCAAAGCGCGCAGUGGCGAAUUGGAUUCGUUGAGGACCGAGAUGGAACGUCUGAAGCAGGCUCUUACUUCACAUGACGAGAAAAUCGAAUCUCUGCACAGCAAUCACGCUUCCACUCUCCGAGACAAAGCCCGAGACCUCGAGGCAUUGGAGAAGGAGACGGAACGAAUGAAGCAGGAACUCGCUUCACGCGACGAGAAGAUCGAGUCUCUGCAGAGCGAUCACGCGUCUGCUCUGCAGGACAAAGAUCUAGCGCUCAAGGCUUUGCAGAACGAGAUGGAACAGAUGAAGCAGGAGCUCGCUUCACGCGAUGCGAGGAUCAGCUCGCUCGUAUCGGACCACACAUUCGCGCUCGCCGCCAAAGACGAAGAACUCUCAUCUGUGCGCAACCUGCACGACUCGACCACCUCGGAACGUGCGCACCUCUCUGCAUCGCUUUCCGAAACUCAAUCUUUCCUAUCGACCCUGCAAGCGGAGCUCGAGACUGUUAAAGCGGAGCUAAGCGUCGCCAAAUCAACCGUCGACCAGAACGCGCAGGACAAGUCUUCAGACGCAUCCAAGCUCGCCAAGCUUUUGUCCGAGGUGACGGCGCUCAAGAAAAAGCAUCUGACCGCCAAGUCUUGCGCGGAAGCCGCGAGGAAGGAGAAUGUGGAUCUGCGGACGCAGCUGGACAAGGUGCGUGGCGAGGCGAGCAAAACGGGUGCGGAAUCGGAGUUGCUGGUUGAAGCGCUCCGAUCCGAGCUCGAACUGGUGAAGGCCAAAGCUCAGGAAGCGGAGGCGAAGCUGGUGCAGGUCAAGUCAGAGCACGAGGCUGAGGUGAAGAAGAAGGCUGAUCAGGACGGGUUGAAGCGAGAGGUGGAUAACGAGAGCGUGUUCAGUAAGGAGCAUCUAGAGGAUGUGAUUCAAGUGCAUGAGCUCGAGAAGAGUACGUUGAGGUCGAUGAUUCGCAAGUUGGAAGCGAGCGUGUUUGAGGAGACGGACAAGGCGCAUCGUGCGAUGCGGAGGGCGAUCGAGCUGGAGGAGAGGCUUCGCGGUGUUGGUUCUUCGAGCAACGGUGCUGCGGGUGAUGGUGAAGCUGGUAGCGGUAGAAGUCAUCGUCGCAGCACGACGAGUUUGCAUGUUCCAUCGCUAUCGCCGCUCGUUGAACGCGAGACGUACGACUCGCAGGAUGUUGCGCUUCCUUCACCCUCACCUUCCAACGUCAGCGCCGCCAGCACCACCACGUCGACCGCUUCAGCGCGAAGGGGCAUUCGAACGCUUCCAGCGUCCGAACUCCCCCUACCUGCGGCCCAAAGACAUCGACGUCGUGAAAGCCUGCAAAUGCUCGCAGCGAGAAUUCAACCUUGCUCCUCCCUGGACAGUGACGCCUCCAACUCCUCUCUGCCACCCCUCCAAUCCGUCACUAUCACAAGUAAAGGCCAUACUCCGUCCAACAGCAUCAACGCCCCGCUGGCCCCCACCACAGACGGCAGAGCCAAGCACGCCGGAAGACAUCAGUUUGCCAACGACGAACUGCUAUACUGCGCUUGUUGCCGCGACGAUUUGAUCAUUGUCUAG